AACCACCACAGUUUACAAAAUGGCUGCCGACUGCAAAUUGAAAUAAUUUUUUCAUACUUCGUUUUUAUAUUCAGUAAAUGGAUGACUCAUUGGUAGAUAUGACAUGUGUUGCUUUCAAGGAUUAUAAACAAUAAGCUUGGCCAACAGAGAUGGAGGCAAGAUGUGGUGGGCUUCUCUUUACAUCCAAAUUUGACUCUGGCAAUCUUGCAAGAGUGGAGAAAGUCUCCAAAGAUGAUGAUGAUGAUGAUUCUGGAGGUGGCAAGUACUUCAGUGAGAUUAAAGCGGACUAUGAAUUCAAUGUUUGGACAAAGCCUGAUUGUGCUGGCACAGAAUUUGAAAAUGGCAACAGGUCCUGGUUUUAUUUUGGGGUGCGUGGUUGGAAUCCUGGUCGUUUGAUCAAAAUAAACAUUGUAAAUAUGAAUCGUCAGGGUAAAUUAUAUAGUCAAGGACAUUCACCUAUAGUGAAAACAGUGCCAGGCAGACUUAAGUGGGAAAGAAUAAGAGAUAGACCAUCAUAUGAGACAGUGGAUGGACAGUUUAUUCUGUCAUUUACGUAUCGUUUCCCAGAGUUCCGAGGUGCCACAACCUAUUUUGCUUUCUGCUAUCCCUGGUCUUAUACAGAAAGUCAAGAUAACUUACAAGAACUUGAUAAAAGAUUUCAGCAUUGUAACAAUUUAACAAAUGAAAGUGCUCCAGACAGUAUAUAUUACCACAGAGAAUUACUGUGCUAUUCCCUAGAUAAGCUACGCAUUGACCUGAUAACUAUAUCUUCCUGUCAUGGUCUGAUCAACGAGAAUGAGCCACAUUUUGACUCCAACUUGUUCCCAGAGAGAAAUACCGAGCAAAGAUGUAAAAAAUUCAAAGGGAAAAGAGUAUAUUUGUUGAGCAGUCGUGUUCAUCCAGGGGAAACCCCAGCAAGUGCUGUAUUUAAUGGAUUCCUAGACUUUAUUUUGCGUGACAAUGAUCCACGUGCCAAGUCACUUCGUAAACACUUUGUUUUCAAGUUGAUCCCUAUGUUGAAUCCCGACGGUGUAUCACGGGGCCAUUAUCGUACUGAUCAGCGUGGUGUCAAUCUAAACAGACUUUACCUGGAUCCCAGCAUUGACUUACACCCAUCCAUAUAUGCUUCAAAAAGUUGUUUAGUGUAUUACCAUAUCAUGAAUAGGGUUGUUCGCGAUGACGAUGAGGUUGAAAUUGAUUUAAAUUUUCCUGGAGGAUUUGUGUUAUCUAGUCACAACAGCCAUAAUCUCCAUGUUUAUAGAAAAGAGAAAAAUUUGAAUAUGAAUUCAAGCUCGCAUACUGAAAGGAGCACUGUAAGUGCACACAGCUCUCAGAGUUUAACAAGUAGUGAAUCAACUUUGAAAAGUUAUUGUGGAACACCAAGACAUCACGUUAAUGGUGCUAGUAAUCAUGACUCUAAAACUUAUAACAAAACUCCGAAAAGUACGCCGAGAUAUUCUGACGUGAAUACUCCACAAGACAUUGAGUGCAGCCAUAUAGGUAAUGGGGAUUUAGAUAUAUAUACUUUGAAACAGUCUAAUCAUAGUACAGUAUUUAUGUCACAUACUCCAAAACCGAAUAAUGUCUCAGGUACUCCACGACACAGCAUUACAAAAUCUGAAUCCCCUACAAAAUAUUCCUCUCCCAAAGUGGAACGUUUGAAUCUCGGCGAUCUAGUAGAGUCUGACAGUGACAAUGCCCUUAGGAAAGAGAAAUCUAACAUCGCUGAUUCUAUAAGAAUUUCUUCGUCAACUUCAAGUUUUGCAAGUAGUUACCAAGGUGAAAAAGAGAGGGUAGACAGUGAUCUCAGGUUGAGACUGUCUCAAAUGACUAUGUCAGAUGACUUUAGAGGUCGUCUUUCAAAAGGAAUCAGUAUUAUGAGCCAAAACGUGAUUGACUCAGAUGAUGAUGAAGAUAUUAAUACGGAAAAUCUCGGAAAUGAAGGAUCUGAAGAUGAGAAUGACAAUACACCAUCUGUGAUAACAAACACUAAUGCUCCACAUUUAAAUCAUCCUAAACUAAGGAAUAUACCACCAUCAGAUAGUGGUAUAGCUUUCUAUGUGGAUUUACAUGGACAUGCUUCAAAACGAGGAUGUUUUAUAUAUGGCAAUUUUCUAGAACUUGAAGACACACAAGUAGAGAACAUGUUGUUUCCAAAGCUGAUCUCCAUGAACACUGCCCAUUUUGACUUCACUGGCUGUAACUUCACUGAGAAGAACAUGUAUACGAGGGACAAGAGAGACGGCAUGUCAAAGGAAGGCAGUGGCAGAGUAGCAAUUUACAAAGCUCUUGGCAUCAUACAUAGUUACACCCUAGAGUGUAAUUAUAACACUGGUCGUAUGGUGAACCCUGUGCCUCAGGCAUAUGGGGACGACGGUAGAGCAACACCCCCUCCUUUAGCUGGUUUCCCACCAAAAUACACACAGGCUCACUUCGAGGAGGUUGGUCGGGCUCUUGCCAUUGCUGCUAUAGAUAUGUAUGAUGUGAAUCCCUGGUCUCGGUUGACACUGUCAGAACACAACUGCCUCUCUGGUGUGAGAGAUUCUGUGCGUAGAUUUCUCAGGAGUAUACGAGGAGGCCCCAGGAUUCCUCGAAACCCCUCCAAACCUCUCUCAAGAAAUAACAGUAUAAACAAUGGUUCCAACAAUCAGGGCACCAGCAGAGGGUUUAGAUUUGGCAACAGUAAUGAUAACUCUGGACCUGGUAAACAGGCAUUCUCACGUCACAAUUCAUCAGAGUCUACAGUCUCCACAUCAAGUGUAGCCUCUAGAUAUUCUCGCCAACCACCAGUAAACCAGAACAGACGAGAACUUGGACCUGUUAGAGAAACUACUCGAUCCAAUAUGGGAAUGAAUAGAAGACGUCCGAAUGCCCCAAACAACCAGCCAGUGAGUCGUUCUGCUCCCCAAGCUUCUUCAUCCUCCGGAUCACAACCAGUCAGUCUCACCAUGACGACUGCUGCCAUGGAUACGAAAGAAGGGAGACAAUAUUCUGCUGGCAGUAACCUGUCUCAGCUCUCUAGAAUGUCUAAAAUGGCAGAGGAUGAAAAAGUGGAACAGUUGAAAAGCAUGUCAAAUCUGAUGAAUCUAGCUAAGAAAGGCCCAGGACCAAACAGUCGUAUACCACUGCCUACAGGACGAUACUUCCUUAACCUGUCCCCAUCAGAGCUUCCACCACCUAAAACACCAGGGCAGAGCAACGUGCGCCCACCCAAGUCAGGUGGUGUGCGCAAGACCAGCUCAGACAGAUCACUUCCUUUAGAGUCCCCAGCAAGCCAUAGAGGGCUCACACCAGUUGCUCAGCUUGGGAGAGAAAUCCUAGAUAUACCUAAAGCUAACGCAACUUCCCUGUCUCAUACCCAGGCUAAGCCUACAAUGAUAGAGGCAAACAUGAAUGUGAACAACAAUGAAUUAGAAUCUCAGAAAAGACGUAGAAGGUACACCAUGCUGAAGAGACGUAAUUUAACAAACCAGUCACCUGGUUCGGGUAAAAACAGUAGUGGUAAUAUCCGCACUGUUGUUAGGCCCGCACAGGAUUCAGGAAGUGAAGCAGAUAAAGGCGGGAAGUCAAGACGGAAGAGGAAGAAGUCUUCAAGGAAAAAUAUUUCAUUGGCUUCCCCAUCAUCUGAUGAAACCGGACAAGUUCAAGGACCCUUAUUUAAACCUGUGCCAGUUGACUUUACUUUGAUCACCGGUGUUGGUGUGGCAGGAAGUGCUGUGACCCUGUCUCCAAGUGCCAUAUCGUUGCAGCCUGAACACUCCACCAACGUCAGUGACGGCUCAAUUCCGCGAUCACAUGGACAGUUAUCAUCCACAUCAACAGCAACAACUUACAGACAGGCUCCACAGUCGAACAGAGGCAGCACAGGUAUGGUGAAUCUUGAGACGUAUUUGCGCCAAGCUGGAAACUUGCGACCUCCACCAAGAUCAGCAAAUAUUAAUCCCAGUAAACUUAACAUCUUCUGGGUAGAUUACUGAAACUUCUACAUUUGAUGGAUACUGACUUCUGGGAUUGGAAUAUUAAAUUUACGUUUUGACACUGUUUGAAAUACCUACAUCAACUGAAACUGUGAUGCCACUAUUUUAGUACAUCAAAGCAAUUUACAUUUUGAGGAGAGUUCUAAAGUAAAAUUUGGAGUUCUGUCCAGCUGCAUAACAUUAGACUAGUGUAGAAUAUGAAAAGAUGAUAGUAUUAAUUGUUUGAAUAUUUCUUUGACAAGUAACCUUGUUUGAUUUCUUUAAGGUGGUUGGUCACAUUUAAUCAACAUUUUAAGUUUAAAAAUCUCUGUCUGAGAUUUGUUUAAAUAUAAAAAACUAUCUAGAGGUAUAUCCAUAUUAGAAAUGCAUAUUUUGUCGAUGUUUUUUAUAUAAUUGUGUAAUUACACUCUUUCAUAUGAAAAAUUUAUAAUAUCUAGCUUUGUUUUUUCCUUUGAUAGAUGUUUGGAUAUUUCAACAGUUUGAACCAAAGGUCAAGUUUUAAAACUGUUUACAGCAUCAGAAUUUAAAUAUUUUCUGUCUUGAAAUGAAAAGGGAGAUAAUAAUUUUACAAACUCACCUUUCAGUGGAGUUUGGUAAAAUAUUUAAUUAUCAGUGCAAAUAAUAGACAAAUAUAUUACAACUGUUUUGAUAUUUAUAUCAUUCCUUAGGCAAAAUAUAUUUAUCAAAUUUAUACUUAUACAAAAUGAACCCUGUCUUGGUUCGAAAACUAGGAUAGGAAAGUCAAAUUUUAUAAAUACUGUAAACAGCUAAUGUCUGAGAUGUGUUAAGCGCUUGAUUAAAUUAAAUCAGUGUCAGUGAUCAAAUAUCAAAUUUUCAAGCAAAUCUAUUAGGAAACCAAACUCUGAUUAACUGCAUUUAAAUAUCUAAUGAUUUUGUAUGGGAUAGGAAAAAUUGGUGGAGAGCUGUUAACAGACAUGCCGAAAAAAGAAACACAAAGUUUAAAGUAGGAAAUUAGUCAUUAAGUAGGUAAUUCAGUUUUGUUACACAAAAACAUAGCGAUAGUCUAGUUUAUGCUCAUUAGGUAGCUUUUAGAAAGACCUUGUCUGCAGGAAAGGCAAAUUUAGUCAUUUUCUCUAAAAAAGGAUUUAACCUUGUAAACUGAUAAUUUUAUGGUAUUUUCUACCCAAAAAAUUGUGUCUUUGUUUUUACAUUAUUCAACUAUAGGAAUUUGACGUACUUGUAUCUGUUCAAUAAGUACAUUAUUUGGGCAUGAAGUAAUGUAACUAACUUGGAAUGAUGGCAUUAUUUUCUUCUUGUUCUAUUAUAUCCUUCAUUUAGCAUUAUUUGAAAUUGCUACAAAUUUUUUCAGCAUUUUUAGAUCUGUUUUUGUUGUGCAUGUUUGUUCUAUGUUAGGUAUAAUGGCCUUCUCAUAAAAUUUGAUGGCAUAUUUCUAAGUAUUUUAAAAGUAGUUACAUUCUAGUACUUUAGUGACAGCUGCAAUCAUAUCUUUGUAGAUGUAUGUGCCUGGUAAGUUGAACAAGAGUUUCCAAAAAUAUUUUUCUUACUUUUUGAAUGUGGAUUUUCAUUGAUUAUGUUUUUUCACUGUUUGUAUGGAUUGAUACGAUGCAGAGGGGCCUCUGGGUGGUUAAGGUUGCUGACUUAAAAUCACUUGCUCCUUAAUACAGUAGAUUCAAAACCUUGCUGGUGUGUAGAAUUCUCUAUGAGAGGAAGCCAUCCAGCUGGUGUAUGGAAUUUGUCAUCGUAACAUGAAACAACAAGAUAAAGAAAUUAAUGAUAUCAUGCUUUCAUCUUAUACAUAAGCUGUUACUGAUUUUCAUUUUGAAGGAAAAGCGUCAUUUUCUUACUGGAUAUUUGACCUUAUUUAAGUUUGUUUUAGAUGCUUAGUCAUCUUAUUAAGUCAUGUUAUUUUAAGUUUUUGUAUGUAAGCUGGUAUCUCACUAACUGCUUGUGGGAAUGGAUUGAAACUUCACACACUUAUUCACUGUGAUAAACUGACUUACACUGCACAGGUUCAAUAUCUCUAUUUUGCUUUAUUACAAAAUUAUGUCCCUUUUUCGAUUUUAAGCUGGUAUCUCAGUAUCCACUAAUGGGAAUGGAUUGAAACUUCACACACUUGUCACUGUCAUGAGCUGAUAAGCACUGUGCAGGUUCCGUAACCCUGUUUUGCAUUUGUACAAAGCUAUGCCCCUUUUUCAACUUUUGUAUUCAUUUAAUUGACAAGGCUGUUGAAUAGUCGAGCUUUGCUGUCCUCCGACAGCUCUUGUUAGAUAGGGUUUUUGCUUAUUUGUAAAAGUUGACCUAAACUCUUACUUCUUUUAUAUUUGAAUAUUUUUUCGUCCACUGUUACAACUAGUAUGUGCAUUAAUAUAUUAUACAGACAGUAUGUUUUGUUAAUGUAAGAUCUUUCAAGGUAGAAGUUGUCAAUAGAUAAAAUGUCAAGGAUGAAAGUUUGUAACAGAACGUGAAACACUGCAGACCAUCAAUCGCAUCUCUGAGAAACAAGUUGUCAACCCAAUUAUUGGACAUACGGCAACUUUCCAGCAUUUCAGAGUCAAAAAAGAUUCCAGGUGUUUUUUUGGGCAAUAUUUUAGUCACAAACUGGCAUGGUUUCCAGCAUAAAAGAAUUUUACACCCUUUUGUGAGAUUUUGAACCUAAGCAAUGAGGGUCGAAUGAUUCAAAGACUGCUACCUGAACCACACAGCCAUAGAAGUUGUUGGUUUGUAGAAUGCUGUGUAAAUCAUUUGUGAAAAGCUAAUUGCAAAAGGCUUUAUAUGCUAGUUUAUAACUUACAAGAUGCACAACAUAUUUUUUCUCCAGUAUUUUCAUGUACAUCAUGUAUAAGUGGUUAAGCAUUUAUUAAGAAGGAAGUUUUGAAUGAAUAUAUAUGGCAAAACAAAUGGCUUCAUAUUUGUGUCUUUCUGUUGUGAAUUAUCUGAACGGUAGUAUUAUAUAUAUAAGACGAGGUAUAUGUAUAACGUCUUCCAACUUUUUUUGCAUGUGUUUGUCAGAAUGAGUACUUGUGAUAUAUUUCAAAUAUAAUAUUUCUUUGUAGUAGACAGACAAGUUUUCAUUUUGAAAUUUAAAACUAUACCCGGGAUUUAAAUACUAGUAUCGGAAGCAGAUUAAUUAGUGUUGAUGUUUAGUUAAGAUUGAAUAUCUUGCCAUGAUAAUGAGGUAUUUGUUGUGUGAGAUUAUGUUUAACAUUUAGAGACAAGUUGUUUUUUCAUAAACCCUUAUAAGAUGCAAGUUUAAAGAAACAAACUGGAAAUGGAGGACACAAAGUUGAUGGUUGGGGAACUAAUGGCAGUUGUCUGGAAAGGUAUAAAGGUUUUAUUCAUUAACCCAGAGAUUUAGCUAUUUGCAUCAUAUACUAAUGAAAGAAUUCAAAUGAUAACAGAUUUAAUGGUAAGCUAUGUGUUUAACAAGUAAGUUUUCUUUUUGUUUUUUUUUUGUUGUUUUUGGGUUUACCAGGUUUGUACCUGUAGAAUUGUAUGGUUAACUAUCCCAGUUUAUUGAUACUGCUGAUGGGAAGUGGAUUUGAUUACCAUGGUGCACUAUUAUUUUCUUUCGAAAGAAAUUGUUAAAACCAUAUAAUUAUGGUGUUAUAGUGAGACUAAAGGGCAUGUCAGUUUUGCAUUGUUUUGCAUAGUAACAGGCUUAUAGAAGGGCAUUGAAUGUAGUGUUUGUAGUAAGAUAAGUCUUGUUUGAUGUUGUAAUUUAUGACUGUGUUGGCACUUACGUCUUAUUACAGCAUAUACAUUGUAUACUUAUUUAUAAAUUUACCAAUUAACAUAUUACAUAGUUGACUUCAAGUACUAAAAACAUGUCUGUCUGACUGCAGAAAAGAUUUGAAUAUUCACAAAUAUGUUUAUGUGGCCAUACAGAUACUGUUGAGGUCUAUGGGAAUUUUGUUUAGUAUCUUAUAUAUAUAUUCCUUACAGAAAGUAUUUAACUUUUUAUACUUAAAAUUUUACCAGUUGUUUUUGAUUCAACCAAUUAAGCAUUUCUUAAAGUCAGCUUGCUCCAGUUUUAAAAUAUACAACACAGAUACUAUAAUGACUCUUGCUGUAUUAUUAAAAGGUCUCAUGAGAUAUUUUUAACAUUUUAGCAGUUUGGCUCACACAAGUUUGUUUUAUUUUAUGAAUGAAAGAUAAAUAUUUUAAAAUUUCUUUUAUUACCAUCGGUUCAAAUGUUAAAGAGAGUAUUUAGUGAACAAAACCUUUUACAGAAAGUGAUAUUUAUGUCUCCCCCAGGAGACAUAUUGUUUUUGCCCUGUCUGUCCAUCCUUCCGUCCGUCCGUCCAUCCGUACGUCACACUUCAUUUCCGAGCAAUAACUGGAGAACCAUUUGACCUAGAACCUUCAAACUUCAUAGGGUUGUAGGGCUGCUGGAGUAGACGACCCCUAUUGUUUUUGGGGUCACUUCGUCAAAGGUCAAGGUCACAGGGGCCUGAACAUUGAAAACCAUUUCCGAUCAAUAACUAGAGAACCACUUGACCCAGAAUGUUGAAACUUCAUACGAUAGAUGACCCCUAUUGAUUUUGGGGUCACUCCGUCAAAGGUCAAGGUCACAGGGGCCUGAACAUUGAAAACCAUUUCCGAUCAAUAACUAGAGAACCACUUGACCCAGAAUGUUGAAACUUCAUACGAUGAUUGGUCAUGAAGAGUAGAUGACCCCUAUUCAUUUUGGGGUCACUCCGUCAAAGGUCAAGGUCACAGGGGCCUGAACAUGGAAAACCAUUUCCGGUCAGUAACUUGAGAACCACUUGACGCAGAAUGUUGAAACUUAAUAGGAUGAUUGGUCAUGCAGAGUAGAUGACCCCUAACGAUUUUGGGGUCACUCUGUGAAAGGUCAAGGUCACAGGGGCCUGAACAUGGAAAACCAUUUCUUGUCAGUAACUUGAGAACCUCUUGACCCAGAAUUAUGAAACUUAAUAGGAUGAUUGGUCAUGCAGAGUAGAUGACCCCUAACGAUUUUAGGGUCACUCUGUGAAAGGUCAAGGUCACAGGGGCCUGAACAUGGAAAACCAUUUCUUGUCAGUAACUUCAGAACCACUUGACCCAGAAUGAUGAAACUUCAUAGGAUUAUUGGUCAUGCAGGGUAUAUGACCCCUAACGAUUUUAGGGUCACUCUGUGAAAGGUCAAGGUCACAGGGGCCUGAACAUGGAAAACCAUUUCUUGUCAGUAACUUGAGAACCACUUGACCCAGAAUGAUGAAACUUCAUAGGAUGAUUGGUCAUGCAGGGUAGAUGACCCCUAACGAUUUUAAGGUUACUCUGUGAAAGGUCAAGGCCACAAGGGCCUGAACAUGGAAAACCAUUUCCAAUCAAUAACUUGAGAACCUCUCGACCCAGAAUGUUGAAACUUCAUAGGAUGAUUGUUCAUGCAGAGUAAAUGACCCCUAUUGUUUUUGGGGUCACUCCGUUAAAGGUCAAGGUCACAGGGGCCUGAACAUUGAUAACCAGUCCCGAUCAAUAACUUGAGAACCACUUGACCCAGAAUGUUGAAACUUCAUAGGAUGAUUGAACAUGCAGAGUAGAUGACCCCUAUUGAUUUUGGGGUCAGUCUAUUAAAAGUCAAGGUCACAGGGGCCUGUUCAUGUAAAAUCAUUUUUUGGAAAUAACUUGAGAACCACUUGAUCUACAAUGUUGAAACUUAAUAGGAUGAUUGGACAUGCAGAGUAGAUGACCCCUAUUUAUUUUGAGGUCACUUGAUCAAAGGUCAAGGUCACAGGAGCCUGAACAGUGACUUGAGAACCACUAGGCCAAUAGUGUCGAAAUUUAGCGGGAUGACUGGACAUGCCAAGUAGAUGAUCCCUAUUGCAGGCAACCAUCAGUGUCUCUUUAACUUUCGCUCCUGACACCUAUUGACUUCUUGCCUAUAGGACUUUGCAUUGGGGGAGACAUGCGCUUUUUUACAAAAGCAUUUUCUAGUUUAUUUUUUCAUAUACCUUUAUUUCUAUUGUGAUAAUUCCAAUAAUUAUAUCUAUAUCUAUUUUUAUUUAUUUAUUCACUCAAAUUAUACAUUUAUAGCUUUUUGUUUGUUUUAAUCAAAGUGCCACAGUUAAUGCUUCAAUUGAUUUCACUUUUUUUUGUAUGUUAGGAGUAUAUUUAUGUCAUUCAUGAUACUUACAUGUUAUGAAAUAUACACCCCUUUCCUUGAAAAGUAUUGUACAUUUUUGUAAUGUUGUGAACACUAGACCAAAAGCAUUACUUUAUACAGAAACCAACUGGUUUUUUUUUGACUAUUUGUCAUUUAUUGAGGAAUGGACCUUUAGUGAAUCCAAAGGAGGUAAAAUAACAUGUAUAUUACAUACAUUUCAUAUUUCAUAUCAGUUUCUUGUGUCAUGAAAUAAGGAGUGGCAUUAACAUGACAAUGUUAGAAGCACAGAGUGGCGUAAACAUGACAUAGUUAGUUCUACAUUUGUAUGACGUCUUAUGUCUGUCAUUAGUUAAGAAAAAAUGUUGUCAUUGAUAACCUACUUUGAAAUCUGUCGUAUCACCCUUCCACUGUCAUAUAUAUUGUCAUGUUUGUGUUAAAGCGACUUUUAUUUCAUGUGAAACUCAACAAGGCCUAAUAAAUCUUUUGAAAGCCA